UUGGCGGAAAUGUGCAGAGUUACGUCUGAGUUGCGUCUGUCACGAGGUCUGCCGUGGGGUAUAAAUACACGGAGCUACUCUUCUGCCAUUUCACACCAGGGAGGAAAACCAAAAGGAGUUCUUGCUUCAACAGUGUUUGAACGGAGCUUCUUCCUUCGUCCCGCUUUUUGUAUCAACCAGUCUGCAUUCCGGACACGAGAAGCCUUUUCUACUUGAACACUACUGAUAAAGUCGUCGUAAAGCUCUAUUUUUUUAUAACCGUUUUGUUAGAAAAAGCUCAAGAAACGCCAGCCAAAAUGGAGUCCCAAGUGCGUCAGAACUACCACCGCGACUGCGAGGCCGCCAUCAACCGGAUGGUCAACAUGGAGCUGUUUGCCUCUUACACCUACACUUCUAUGGCUUUUUACUUCUCCCGUGACGAUGUGGCCCUUCCAGGCUUCACCCAUUUCUUCAAGGAAAACAGUGAGGAGGAGAGGGAGCAUGCUCAGAAGCUGCUGUCCUUCCAGAACAACAGAGGAGGACGCAUCUUCCUGCAGGACAUCAAGAAACCCGAGCGUGAUGAGUGGGGGAGCGGCCUGGAGGCCAUGCAGUGCGCCCUGCAGCUGGAGAAGAACGUCAACCAGGCUUUGCUGGACCUGCACAAACUGGCAUCUGAACAUGGAGACCCUCAUCUGUGUGACUUCCUGGAGACCCACUACCUGAACGAGCAGGUGGAGGCCAUCAAGAAGCUGGGCGACUACAUUUCCAACCUCACCCGCAUGGAUGCCCACAACAACAAGAUGGCGGAGUACCUGUUUGACAAGCACACCCUGGGGGAGAAGAGCUAAACGCCAUGUCCCAAGAUUGAGCCUGGAGUGAAAAGCUUAAUGACACGCAGGCUUUAAACUAAACACACCUUUCUGCUCCAGCUGUUCAUUCACUGAGUGUGACUUCAUAUCUAAUCUGUUUAACUAUGAAGUUGAUAAAUUCUCGUAUGUUCUGGUGGUGUCGCUGUUAAGUGUUAUAUGUAAGGAUGGAUAUUUUCAUCAGGUAAUGUCCUCAUUACCUAUAAGCCUCCUUGUGACAUUUUGAACUAUUGUGACUGACUGUUUCUGAUCUGUUUAUUAAUCUGAAUAAACAUUCUGAGCUGGA